GUUUAAAAGACUGGUUCGUAGGGGGGACUAGAACAACAGAAGGAGCAGCAGAACCAGAAGAGAAGCACAUCUCGACGAUUUUCUGCCCAAUUGAACCGCCUUCAUCCAUCCUCUGCCUCCCCCGAGAUCCAGAAGAAGAUGCUCUCGACGCGUGUCCAGUGCGCACUAGCGCUGCUUUCCCUAGCCCUGGCCAUCAGCAGCGUCUCUGCGGCUCCGUCCGACGCCAAACUCCGCCAGCUGCUUCAACGGUCACUCAUGGCACCUGCAGGCAAACAGGUAAAUACCUUCAAUCAGACUUUCAUUAUAAGUAUUCGUUCUUAAUCAAUGCAUAUCUCCAGCUGCUGUGGCAAUAUAAUACGAUUUUUCCUGAGUUUGGUGGUACAGCUGCCAACUUAAUUUUAAGUAUAUUUACCUCUAGAGUAUAGAGACUAUACCUUCUACAGAUUUAAGGUUAAAUAUUGUGUUGCCAUACAUUUACCUCUGCGGUUUUACUGGCAGGCGCAUGGGAAAUGUAUCGAUCAAAUUAGCACAAUGCAGGGACAGCAUGGUGCACAUUUUCAGGGUGCCGAAGCGACCACAAAAUGAAGUAUUUGUAUUUGUAAAAAUAUUUGGGGUCCAGCAAAAAUUAAGCCAGUUAUAUACAAUUAAAAAAGUAUUACAUUACAUUUCACAACAGAUUAAGUGUGUGCCCUCAGGCCACAACUGUACUACCACAUAUCUACAAUACAAAAUCCAUGUGUGUGUGUGUAUGCGUGUGUCUGUGCCUGUGCCUGUGCCUGUGCCUGUGUCUCUUCACAGUCCCCACUGUUCCAUAAGGUGUAUUUUUAUCCGUUUUUUUUAUCCGAUUGUACUGCUUGCAUGAGUUACUUGAUGUGAAAUAGUUCCAUGUAGUCAUGGCUCUAAGUAGAACUGUGUGCCUCCAAUAGUCUGUUCUGGACUUGGGGACUGUGAAGAGACCUCUGGGGGCAUGUCUUGUGAGGUAUGCAUGGGUGUCUGAGCUGUGUGCUAGUAGUUUAAAACAGACAGCUCGGCGCAUUCAACAUGUCAAUACUUCUCACAAAUACAAGUAGUGAUGAAUUCAAUCUCUCCUCUACAUUGAGCCAGGAGAUAUUGACAUGCAUAUUAUUAAGUGCGGAGGAAUGUGGAAAUACCGAUAUCAGAGCAACUAACGAAAUGUAAAUGUGAAUUGUUAUAUAUUUUAAAUCAACCUUUAAAAUGAAAAUGUGUAAAAUAAAAACGAAAGAGGUCUUUGGAAUUUGCGGUCUGCUGUAGUUAGUUGUCAAUUACGCACAAGCAAAACUUGACGAGAAUAGUCAAAACAUACAGUAGAAUGGGUAUAAACGGAACUAAUGUUUAUUAAUGAAACGUGUUCUUCCCCCCAAAAAAAACAUGUUGAAAAAUUUUUUUUUACAUCUCAUUUUAUGUGAUCGGUUCAUGCGUAACAGCAUUGGAAAGGUCAUUUAAAUAGAUUUGCAGCCAUCUUAAAUCACUAGAAAUAAUGCAGAUCUAAUAGCCUUCAUCUAUUUUAGCAAUGUGAAGGAAGAGAAAACAACAUUCAAACACUGAUUUCCUUCCUAAAUGUGUAGGCUACAUUUUAUUAAGGCAUGUUGAUUUGUUUCUAUUUCAGUGGAUCUUGUUGCUAAAAUGUGCAAUUUUCUGUCUCCACAAAACAGAAGAAAUAACAAUGUAAUCUUAUUUAUCUAUUUUCAGGCGCUUGCUAGGUAUACACUCGCAGAGCUGCUCUCAGAGCUCGCACAAGCAGAGAACGAGGCGAUUGAGUCAGAUGACAUGUCUCGUGGCAUGGAGCAGGAGGAUGUGCGUCUCGAGCUGGAGCGUGCAGCCGGCCCAGUACUGGCGCCGCGUGAACGCAAGGCUGGAUGCAAGAACUUCUUCUGGAAAACCUUUACAUCAUGUUAAUUCAUAUACACCCGGGCCCUUUACUGCGUAUACUACAUCUCAUCUCUUUUGUUUCAAUCAUUCACUGCUGAAACCAAUGCACCAUGGUCUAACCCGCCUCUCCAAAAAAAUGUAAAUAAACAUUGCUAUAACUUUAACAGCAAUCAUUCUGAUGUCUUUAUCGAUCAUUUGGAUUUUUCCGAAAAAACACAUGAAAGAAUGUCCUACAGAAUGUAUGCAAUUCUGCUUUUGACUGUGGUUUCUGUAUUCUGGCAGAUAAACUAUUUUUUAUUGUUUGUUUGAAUAAAAUCUAUGUUUCAGAACCAAUG